UUCGGGCGGCGCGGCGCUCGCAUGGGGCCACCUGAAGCGGCAAAAAAGUCAGAGCCGGCCUUGUCUAUUUCCAACCACAGGGUAGUGGGCAGAGCUGCUGGGGGGCCACAGGUCAGGCCUCCUGACUGGCCUAAGGUGGGGCCAGGUGGGGCAAGUGAUCUCUCAUGCAGCCAGGUCCUGAGCUACGUCUGGGUGACCCCCCUGCCCCCGAGCCCCAUGGGCAGGCAGUGCCAACCCUGGUAGGGGACAGACUCCUAGAGAGGCCGAAUGACGGAUGGACUGAAAUGGGGCAGAGGGAGGUGGGGGGGGCUGUGUCUCCCCUGUUUAACUCCUGUCUCUUGUUGAAAGCAGAGCGUGAAUUUCUCAAACCCACCAUCCGGGUGAGCCCCAGCAGGGUGGUGGCGUUCGGGGGAAACAUCACCAUCCGCUGUGAGGGUUGGAAACGAUCUAUGAAGUUCUUCCUGCGUAAACCUGGACACCCGAACCCGCAGGUGCAGACGGUGCCUGAAGGGAAAGUGGCUGAAUUUCCCAUCGCCAAGGUCAGCCGGGAAGAUGGAGGGAGUUACACCUGCGACUAUCGCUCCAUAACGGAACCGAGUCGCUCAUCCUAUCCCAGCGACCCCGUCGAGAUCAUUGUAGGAGAGCCCAGCUACCCCAAACCCAACAUCUCCCUGAGCCCCAGCGGGCCCAGCGGGGGGGUCUCCCUGGGGACAGCCGUGAGUGUCUGGUGUCGGGGGCAGCGCCCGGGCAUGCGGUUUGUGCUGAAUAAAGAGGGACGUCAUUUCCCACCUGUGGAUUCGGACGGGUUGGAGGUUGUGUUUCCCAUCAGCAACGUGCGCCGGGAGGACGGCGGGAGCUACAGCUGCUCCUAUCACAGCAAAUCGGAGCCGUUCAACGUGUCGUACCCCAGUGACCCCGUGGAGCUGGUGGUGAGAGGGGGAACCGACUCGGCCCAGCCUGGAGCAGCACCAGCUCCCACCCUCCCGGGCAGCGCGGGGCCAGGUGAAUCAAAACCACUGGCUCUGACUUGGCCCAUCACCGCUGGGGUGAGCACAGCGGCCGCCAUCCUCCUCUUCGUCCUCGUGGCCUUCGUCUGCUUCAGAAAAACCCGAGCCAGAAAAGGAACCGCACCGAGACUGAGCAGCACCAGCCCCUUGGGGGUGUUGAAGGCCCCGGAUCAGCAAGACUCCAUCUACUCCUCCAUCGAUGACGAGAAAGAGCUGCAGACCCUGGAGCCCGACCCCGGUACUGACGGACUCACCUACGCCGAGCUGGACAACCAGGUGCUGCAGGCCAAGCGGGGGGGCCAGCCCCCUGCCUCGGAGCCAGCCCAGUCCAGCAUGUAUGCCGCGAUCAACGUGAACUGGGGGGCCCCGCGGAUGGAUCCCGCCCGGCUCUCUGCUGCUGUGAACGCAGAGCGGCUGGCCAGGCUGUAUGUCCUGAGCUCCCAGUCUGAACAGGAACCAGAGCUGCCCGAGCUGCUGUGUGCCGUGGAAAGAAACAACACCAGCUUCCUCCUGGCAUUCAGGGAGCAGCUGCAUACAGUGGAGCGUCGCUUUACCACUCGCCCGGUCUGGGACGACGACCCACGGCUACAGAACGGUCAGAUGAGGGAAGCCCCCUCCCUGGGCCUGCGUGCGGAGCUCGCCCCAGCCCUGUGGCGCAAGGACACCCAGAUGAGAGACGCCUCUCGUGGAGAAGCGCCCGGCGAUCGCUCUGUGGACGCUGGCGACUCCAGACUGCUCCCGGUCAGUCGUGAAUCUGCAGGAAAGCUCCCUGCGCCCGGACCCUCCAUCUCCGUCAGCCCCAGCAGGGUGAUCGCCCCGGGGGGAGCCGUCACCAUCCGCUGUCAGUGUCGGUGUGAGGCCAGGAGGUUAUUUCUGUAUAAAGAUGGAAUUGAAAUCCAGGAGCUGGAUGCUGCUGGGGACGGGGGCGAAUUUAUCAUCCCCAGCGCCAGACGGGAAGACGGAGGGGUCUACAUGUGCCGAUCUCGCUCCAGAUCGGAGCCGCCCAACUGGUCAGAUCCCAGUGACAUUGUGCGGAUCAUUAGCUCAUCUACCCCAAACCCUCCAUCUCCCUGCGCCCCAGCGGGGGGGGUCUCUCUGGGGGGAGCCGUGACCGUCCGGUGUUGGGGUCGGCACCAGAGCAUGAGGUUCCUUCUGUACAAAGAUGGAAACCCGACCGCGCUGCAGGACGUGGAGCCGGCUGGGGACCUGGCUGAGAUUCUGAUUCACAACGUGAGCCGGAGAGACGCAGGGAGCUACCGCUGCUAUUAUCAUGACAAACGGUACCAGUUCACCUGGUCAUAUCCCAGCGACCCCGUGGAGCUGGUGGUAGCAGCAGCCCCCCCAGGGCACCCGGAUUUCACCUACGCCAACAUCGCCCGCCUGGUGCUGAGCACCAUGGUCCUGUUUGUCCUGGGGCUGAUCCUGUCUGACGCCUAUUACAGCCACCUGAGGGGAGCACCUAGGAGCCUGGAUCCGGCCGUACAGAGAAGAGCCGCUUCCCCAUGGGGGGCUGAGAUGCCAGCACAAAUUCCCUGCCCCCAAACACCCCUGCCUCAGAGAAUCCCACCCCCCAGAGUGUUCCCGACCCAACUGCUGCACCCCAGGAUUGAACCCCGACCUCUGGCCCCACAGGCACCAGGGGCGGCUGUGACACCGGAGCCUCCAAAUGUCCCCUCGUGGGGGGUUCAGCCGACGAAGAUCCCCUCGGGGAACCGAAACGUUCACGAGCCCAGCUACCCCAAACCCACCAUCUCUGGGAUCCCCAGAGAGGGGGUUUCCUUGGGGGGAUCCGUGAGCAUCUGGUGUAAGGGGCAGAACCAGUUCAUGCAGUUCGUGCUGUAUAAAGAUGGACGCCAUCUCCAAAGUGUGGAUGCAAACUCACAGACUCUGUUUCUCAUCAACAUCGUGAGCCGGGAGCAAGGCGGGAACUACAGCUGUUCCUAUCUCAGCAAAUCGGAGCCGUUCACAAUGUCAGACCCCAGUGACCCCGUGGAGCUGGUGGUGAGAGAUCCCGGCUUACCCAGACCCAACAUCUCUCUGAGCCCCACUGGGGUCAUGGCCCCAGGGGCAGACGUCACCAUCCGCGUGGGCCGGGAGCACGAAGGGAGCUACAGCUGCAGCUUCCGGCCCCGGUCAGAGCCCUUCGUCUCCUCGCCGCCCAGCGACCUAGUGCAGCUGGUGGCUGGAGACCUGAACCCGCAGCAACACAUGGACACUGCUGGGAACGUGUCCGAGUUCCGCAUCCUCAUCGUGGGCCGGCAGCACGGAGGGAACUACAGCUGCAGCUACCGGCUCCGGUCAGAGCCCUUCAUCUCCUCGCUGCCCAGUGACCCCGUGCAGCUUGUGGUAGCAGAGCCCAGCUACCCCAAACCCAGCAUCUCUGGGAUCCCCAGCGAGGGGGUUUCCUUGGGGGGAUCAGUGAGCAUCUGGUGUAAGGGGCAGCACCAGGUCGUGCAGUUCGUGCUGAAUAAAGAUGGACGCCAUGUCCAAAGUGUGGAUGCGAACUCACAGACUCUGUUUCUCAUCAACAUCGUGAGCCGGGAGGAUGGCGGGAACUACAGCUGCUCCUAUCGCAGCAGAUUGGAGCCGUUCAAGAUGUCAGAUCCCAGCGACCCCGUGGAGCUGGUGGUGAGAGAUCCCAGCUUACCCAGACCCUCCAUCUCCCUGAGCCCCACUGGGGUCACCGCCCCAGGGGCAGACGUCACCAUCCGGGCUGGAGACCAGAACCUGCAGCGACACAUGGACCCUGCUGGGGACGGGGCCGAGUUCCGCAUCCCCAGCGUGGGCCGGCAGCACGGAGGGAGCUACAGCUGCAGCUACCGGCGCCCAUCAGAGCCCUUCGUCUCUUCGCAGCCCAGCGACCCCGUGCAGCUGGUGGUAGCAGAUCCCACCUUACCCAGACCCUCCAUCUCUCUGAGCCCCACUGGGGUCACUGCCCCAGGGGGAGACGUCACCAUCCGGUGUGAGGGGCAGCGCCGGGACGUGAGGUUCUUCCUGCACAAGGCUGGAGACCUGAACCCACAGCAACAGAUGGACACUGCUGGGAACGUGUCCGAGUUCCGCAUCCUCAGCGUGGGCCAUCAGCACGGAGGGAGCUACAGCUGCAGCUACCGGCCCCGGUCAGAGCCCUUCAUCUCCUCGCUGCCCGGCGACCCUGUGCAGCUUGUGGUAGCAGAGCCCAGCUACCCCAAACCCAGCAUCUCUGGGAUCCCCAGCGAGGGGGUUUCCUUGGGGGGAUCCGUGAGCAUCUGGUGUAAGGGGCAGCACCAGGUCGUGCAGUUCGUGCUGAAUAAAGAUGGACGCCAUGUCCAAAGUGUGGAUGCGAACUCACAGACUCUGUUUCUCAUCAACAUCGUGAGCCGGGAGGACGGCGGGAACUACAGCUGCUCCUAUCGCAGCAGAUUGGAGCCGUUCAAGAUGUCAGAUCCCAGCGACCCCGUGGAGCUGGUGGUGAGAGGUGGAUCGGAACCAAACGCAGCACCGGGUCUGACCCGCCCCAUCAUCGCCGGGGUGAGCGCAGCGGCCUCCGGCCUCCUCCUCCUCCUCCUCCUCGUGGCCUUCAUCUGCUACAGAAGAACCCGAGGAAACUCCAACAUCGACCACGGGAAAGAGAUGCAGACCCUGGAGCCUGACUCCGGCACCUACGCCGAGCUGGAUGGCCAGACGCUGCAGCCCAGGGUGUACGACAUGAUCAACAUGAGCCAGGGAGUCCCGCAGUGA